UAAAUACCACAGGUCUCGUGCUAACCACUAUCAGAGGCCUAGGAAACGUGCCGGGCAACGUACAGCUAGCACUGGCAGACAGAUUUUAAAAAUCACGAUGACGACGAGCCUGCAGUUCUUGUUUUUCCUUAGCCUGAGUGCGCUAGUCAGUGGCGGAGAAGCCACACACGAUUCUGAGCGGCGUAUGCAUCCCGUAUUCGCUUUAGGAGGAGCCCUUCCAAGUCGGUUCAAGCGGGCCAUGCCUCAGAUUGUUUUCAAUGCACUUAAUACGGAGGAGCGGUAUGCCGAAUACUGGCAGGGAUUGGCUGGAGAAACCCUGGAGCAGCAGCUGGAGAGCAAGUCCCGUCUUAACACUCAGUUGGCCCGCAAUGUGAUGCUGUUCAUUGGAGACGGUAUGUCCAUACCGACGAUCACGGCCGGCAGGGUGUAUCUUGGUGGCGAGGAGAAGCAGUUCGCCUUCGAGCAGUUCCCGUACGUGGGUCUCAGCAAAACCUAUUGUGCCAACAUGCAGGUAGCCGACUCCGCCUGCACGGCAACCGCCUAUCUGGGCGGAGUCAAGGCCAACUACGGAACGGUGGGUGUGACCGCGGCUGUGCAGUUCAAGGAUUGCCAAGCUCAGGCACAGCCUGCAAACCGUGUGGCCUCCAUCGCGGCAUGGGCUCAGAGCCAAGGAAUGGCCACUGGCUUGGUGACAACCACCUCUGUUACCCACGCCUCUCCUGCUGGCGUCUACGCCCACAUUGCCAACCGAAACUGGGAGAACGAUGCUGAGGUUCUCGCUGAUAAUGGCGACCCAACUCUCUGCCCAGACGCAGCCUAUCAGCUCAUCAACAGUCCCGUGGGUCAAAAGCUCAGUGUGAUCCUAGGCGGAGGUCGCGAGAAUUUCCUGCCUAAGAGUGUGAACGACGUCAAUGGAGCACCUGGUCGUAGGCUUGACGGACGGAACCUCAUCGAGGAGUGGAAAAGCCAGCACACCAACAGCGCUCAUUACGUGGAAAACCGAAAAGAUCUGCUGAAACUUUCGAACCGCACCUCCAGAGUUCUGGGCUUGUUUGCCCCCUACCACAUGGCCUAUCAUCUGGAUGCCAAUCCGACCGAGCAGCCCACGCUGGACGAGAUGGUUCAAGUGGCCAUGGACGUUCUGGAGCGCCAGAGUGCAGGACGAGGCUACUUCCUGUUCGUGGAAGGAGGACGCAUUGAUCAUGGACACCAUGACACGCUGGCACUGAGGGCAAUCGACGAGACGGCAGAGUUCGACAAAGCAGUAAGGUAUGCCAGGAGCCACACCAGCACCGACGACACCCUUAUCGUAGUCAGCUCGGACCACUCUCACACCAUGUCACUGGCGGGCUACUCCAGCCGAAAGAACGACAUCUUCGGGAUCAACGACGGCCAGCUGGCGGCGGAUGAUCUUCCUUACGCCACCUUAAGCUAUGCCAACGGACCGGGCUACGACACCAACUACUUGAGGGAAGAAGGAGCUGUCAAGCGAAAGAAUCUGCGUUCUAUCAACAUGAAGAACAAGGACUUUAUGUUCCCCAGCACUGUGCCCCUGGAGUCAGAGACCCACGGUGGUGAUGAUGUUGCUGUCUUCGCCAGCGGACCUUACGCCCAGCUCUUCUCCGGCGUGUAUGAACAGCACUUCAUCCCGCACGCCCUCGCCUACGCCUCCUGCCUCAGCGAGAGGAGUAUGUGUGCGGAUGGGGGCGUGGCAAGACGACCCCGCUAAGACCUGAUAGGGUUCAAGCUGAAAUCCUCAGGAUUCACUGUAUUAUUCUCGAUCCAGAGAGCAAAUACUAGAUUAAGUAACAAUUUGAG